AUGCCCAUUGCAAAUCUUUUAGGAGUCCAGUUCGACAUGCAGCUGGUGUUGAAACUGAGUCUCUCUGUGGCUGCCGUGCUGCUGGUUUCAUGGGCCUACAGGUUCUACAGCUCCAGGGAUGCAAAGAAAAUUCAGCUCUGCGUCAAAGACAACAAAGAGCCAGAAAAUGCAACCUGCCAAAACUGCAAGAUGACACUACGAUGUCAAAGCCCACCAAAACAUGACAGCGAUGAUGGGGGCAAGCGACCCGGACCCUUGCACCCAGACUCGGCUACUGAUGACCUGACAUCGGACAGCACCGAGGAAACGCCGGCUGAAUGUUCUCGAACUGAGAGCGGGAUGGCCAGUACAACGGGGCGCCGAUUGCCUUGCUUUUUGCAGAAGCUGGAGGGUAGCGUGGGUGUGGGCAGGGAAUUAAGGCAGGACUUGGAGCACCAGGGUGCCUACUCUAGCUUCCUCUCCAAGGCAGAGAUCAAAGUGGAGGAUGCCAACGUGGUACUCAAGGGAACAGGAGAGCAGAUUGUGCGUGGAAAGAUAUAUGAUUACUAUGUUGAGUCUUCUUCUCAUUCUAUUACAGAUUCAAAUGCUGUGCUGGGUCAGUACAAGAGCAACUCUGAGUAUCAACCAGUGGAGCUUGGAAGUUGUGGCAGCAGCCUCACAGAAUCUCCGACCUCUCUGAGCCCCAUCAUCAUCCGUGAUCUGGUUUUUCCACAAAGCACUGUUGAGGAUCCCUCCUCACUUGGAAGCCUCAAACUUAGGCACCCUGCAAGGCCUUUACUCCUACGCAAGGAGAGCUAUCUGUCUGCAGCAGAGCAGUCAGAGCUUCCCAUCCCCUUUCUAAACACAAGAGCCUCAACUCCAGUGACUCACUCUCUGGCCCAAACCAGCAAUGAGUCCAUCUCCGUUCACCCUAUGAUCCAUCACUCUACAGACAGCAAAGGCCUCAAUGUGAAGGAGGGGGCAGAUCUAGAGACGGUAGCAGCAUUUUUACACCUUCCAGCAAAAAUUCUCGACGGCACAGAUUUAGAAAGCUUAAAGAGUAAACUCGAUCUGGGUAACUGUUUGGAGACACUCUGUCUGGCCAAGAAACAUGGCCAGACCUCUGUGCAGCAAGCUGCCCUGGGUGUCAUGUCAGACAACUACCUCCAGGUGCUCAGGGACCCCAACCUUUAUGGGCGGCUAAUGGCUGGUGAGCGCGAUCAGAUCCAGAAGCUGAGAAUGAAAGGGAGACGGUUUGUCAUGGUGGCAGAUAUGGACCCUCAAGACUGGGCGAGGAACACAGGAGGGCAGACAGCAGAGACAGAGCAGAGGAGGACAUCCAGUGCAGUGUACUGUUAUGAUGACCACAAAAACACCUGGCACACACUCUGCCUAAUCCCACAGGAGGUCAUCUCUAAAGCCUGUGCCAUGUGCACAAUGGAUAACUACUUAUUUGUGGCACUGGGCUGUCAGGGCACAGACAGAGAAAUGACGCCCUCAAAGCGAGUGUUUUGCUACAAUCCUUUGACAUCAAUUUGGAAGGAGAUCAGUCCUAUGAAUGAAGCCAGGCCUCGCUGCAAACUGGCAGCUCUGGAGGGCUACAUCUACGCCAUUGGAGGGGAGUGCCUCUCCUCAGUGGAGCGCUACGACCCGCGAUUGGACAGAUGGACUUUUGUGGCUCCACUGCCUAAUGAAACAUUUGCUGUGGCACAUCACGUGACAGUGUGCAGCGGAGAGCUUUUUGUUUCUGGGGGAACUCUUAGAUAUAUGCUACUGCGCUACAGCCCCAAAACCAACACCUGGAGGCCAAGUCUGUUAGUAGGCAGCAAAGACAGAACUGCAGAUAUGGUAGCUGUGGGGAGAUUUUUGUAUCGGUUUGAUGUGAACCCGCUGCUGGGUGUCAGUGUGUAUCGCUACCAUACAGUGGCUCGAAUGUGGUACGAGUGCAGCUCCAAAAGGCUUCAGCACUGCCCUGCCUUCCAGUGUGUCACGACGGACAACACAAUCUAUUGCGUCAACCGCCAGUUCACCAUUAGGUUCGAGGCUGAUGGGAUCUCUCCAGGCUUCAUAGAUGAGGAUUUGAGUGUCCUCUCUGCAGCAAAGGGCAUACUUUUCCCCUUUGUCCUUUCCCUCCCUGAUAAGAAGCCUCGGCAGACCAGUGUGUAA